GUGGCUCUUUUGUUGUUGCCGGUUGCCCUGUUCUUUCCCGGUUGCUCUGUCCAGCUCUGUUUUUGCUUCUCGGUCAAAUCAAUUUGUGUGUGUGUGUGUGUGUGUGUGGUUCUUUUAUUGUCUAGCUCUGUCCAAUUUUUUUCGUUUUGUGUUCUUGCCUUGCUCUUUCCCAUUGUACUUGGCUUAGCAAAUGAAAAAAAGAAGAGGAAUGAUGCUGAAUCUGUUUUAAUCCGACUGGACCCAAGAGCUAGACAAUAAUGGAGCUUAAAUCAUGGAGAUUGGUGGUGGGGAAAAGAUGCAUAUUAUUUCAUGAGGUGGACGAUUUUCCUUUUCAAUUGUCAAUGAUCUUUGAUAACUUCUUUUCAAGGCGUUUGAGAGAGGAAGACGAAUCAAACGAGGCCUACAUACAUAGUUUUGUAUAUACAAAGGGAGAUUAGAUUUGAGGCAGUAUCAAAGAAUGAAAGCCUUCUUCACCAACGGAGACUUCUUCAAAUCCUCCACGUUCAUAAAGAUCUCGGCUUUCCUCUUCAUAUCCCUCGCUUUCUUCUACUUCGGCAAGCACUGGUCCGAUGGCUACCAGCAGCUCAUCUUCUUCAACUCACGCCAAAACCCUCUCACCUCCUCCCAAACCACCCCCACCGUCUCUCUCUCCCCAAACCACAACAAAUCCUUUGACAUCUCCUCCCUCAUCGCCAACACCACUACCCAAACCCAAACCCUAGCUUCAAUUCCACCGCCGUCGGAUCCCGAACCGCUUCCCCCGCCUCCGCCGCCGGAAGUGCAGAGGUUUGGGAUCGUGGACGAGAAUGGGACGAUGACGGACAAUUUCGAAAUUGGGGACUUUGACCCGGGCAUUGCGGAGGAUUGGGGGAGUGAAAACACGACAGAGGCGGUGGAGGAGAGUAGGGCGGUGGUUAAGAAGUUUGGGCGGUGUAACGAGAGCAUGAGGGAGUAUAUACCAUGUUUGGACAAUGUGGAGGCGAUACGGGGGUUGGAGUCAACGGAGAGAGGGGAGAGGUUCGAGCGGCAUUGUCCGGAGAAAGGGAAGGGGUUGGACUGCUUGGUUCCGGCUCCUAAGGGUUAUAGAACCCCGAUCCCCUGGCCGAGAAGUCGUGAUGAGGUAUGGUUUAGCAAUGUUCCCCAUGCACGUCUAGUUGAAGAUAAGGGGGGUCAAAAUUGGAUUUCCAUUGAUAAAGACAAAUUCAAGUUUCCUGGAGGUGGUACACAGUUCAUACAUGGGGCAGAUCAGUAUUUGGAUCAGAUUUCGAAGAUGGUCCCUGAUAUAGCUUUUGGUCAGCAUACUCGAGUUGCCAUGGAUGUUGGUUGCGGUGUUGCGAGUUUUGGUGCGUAUCUAUUAUCACGGAAUGUGCUCACAAUGUCUGUAGCGCCGAAAGAUGUGCAUGAGAAUCAGGUUCAAUUCGCACUUGAGCGUGGAGUACCUGCAAUGGUGGCAGCUUUAGCAACGCGGCGGUUAUUGUAUCCGAGUCAGGCCUUUGACUUGAUACAUUGUUCUAGAUGUAGAAUUAACUGGACUCGUGAUGAUGGAAUCUUGCUGCUUGAGGUCAACAGGGUACUAAGGGCAGGAGGAUACUUUGCUUGGGCGGCACAACCUGUUUAUAAGCAUGAACCCCUCUUAGAAGAGCAAUGGGAAGAAAUGGUUAAUCUUACCAGUCGCCUUUGUUGGAAUCUUGUAAAGAAGGAGGGUUAUAUUGCAAUUUGGCAGAAGCCCUCUAACAACAGUUGCUAUUUAAGUCGCGAGGCAGGAACCCAACCUCCGCUGUGUGAUUCAGAGGAUGACCCAGACAAUGUUUGGUAUGUUGAUCUGAAGGCAUGUAUCACUCGACUACCUGAUGAUGGGGCCGGAUCAAAUGUUACCACAUGGCCUGCACGACUUCAUAAUCCUCCUGACAGACUCCAGAGCGUACAAAUGGAUGCGUACAUAUCAAGAAGAGAGCUCUUCAGUGCCGAAUCAAAAUACUGGAGUGAAAUAAUCGCAAGUUACGUUCGUGUGUUACAUUGGAAAAGCUACAAACUUAGAAAUGUGCUGGACAUGAGAGCCGGUUUUGGAGGAUUUGCAGCAGCAUUGAUAGAACAUCAACUUGAUUGCUGGGUUCUAAAUGUUGUUCCUGUUAGUGGCCCAAACACAUUACCUGUUAUCUAUGAUCGGGGGCUUCUAGGAGUUCUGCAUGACUGGUGUGAGCCAUUUGACACAUACCCAAGAACCUAUGAUCUAUUGCAUGCGGCUGGCCUCUUCUCUAUUGAGCGAAAAAGAUGCAAUGUCUCUAGCAUCAUGCUUGAAAUGGACCGGAUUCUAAGACCAGGUGGACACGUAUACAUCCGUGAUUCUGUUGGUGUAAUGGAUGAACUUCAAGAAAUUGGGAAGGCCAUGGGUUGGCAUGUUGCAUUGAGGGACACUUCUGAGGGGCCCCACGCAAGUUAUAGGAUCCUGACAUGUGAUAAACGCUAAUUACGGGUUUGAAGUGAAAGGAUGUGAAUCUCACCAAAAAUGGUGAGAUUUGGUGAGAAAGGGAUCGCUUUUCAUACUUCAUUAAGAGAUCGUAGUAUAGGACUAAGUGGGAAGAUUUCCCUAGUUGAAAUGUACUCUCCUGUUUCUUUCUUUCCUUUCUUUUGCUUUCGACGUUUAUAGAAGGUUUUCGUAGUUCUAAUGUUCUCUCCUGUUUCGUUUUUUCUGUUCUUCAUAUUUAGAUACGUUAGUCCUGUAAGUAAAAUUGAAUUGGUUGCCAAACGAAAUUACUUUUGUAACAAAACCAGACUAAUCAGAUUAGACACCUUCUUCUUA